AUGUCUGGUGCCUACGCGCAAGCACGAAUGAAUCAUCAAGUCUCCUCCCAGCCUCGGAAAGCACUGAGGGGCCCGGAUCGCCCCAUCGCCUUGCGUCAAGAGUACGUCACCGACUCGAAAACAACCCUCGUCCUCAGUCCCCAAGGCGACGCCCAGUCGGUGACGGCGUACAAAGCCAAAGACGAAGAUGGACGGACUAUCUUCACCGCGAGCGGGUGGAAAUACAAUAAUGGCUCAUGCCGAGAGUUCCGCGAUGCCUCUGGCUUGCCUCUCUUUGAGCUUCACAGAAAGAUCUCCCUCAAAAGCGCAUGGUACAUUACGCUGCCGGGAGGUGAUCGUGAAGUUACAUUAGCGACAGGCGCUCCCCGACUUGCGCCUGCAUUUGGAAACUUCAGUAUCUCAUUGCAAAAUAGGGCGUCGGAAACAAAGUCAGAAGCUGACAAGGAGCUGACGCUCAUUGUUGAGCGGCAUGGGCGCGUUUUGCAAAGCUUCGAUGUUAUCGAUGGUGACAGAAAGGUAGCGGAAGUGUGCGAGAGUAUACGUCACAACGAUAAAUUGGCACUGAAGCCUAGUUCGCGGAGGGGCCAUCGGCCUGCCCUGGAUGUUGUUAUAUCUCCUGGGGUGGAUAUGUCAUUGGUUGCGGUUAUUGCCGUCAUUGCCUCGGAUAGCGUCUAUGGUACAGAAUCCAGCUGA